AUGACCUUUGCCUUGCCGUCGAAUCCCGGCACGGGCACGACCAACAACACUGUCCAGCAUCCCCAAGUGUCGCAGGUGCAGUCGCAAGCACAGCCGUCAUCGCAGCAGCAUCACCGUCAGCAACCACCGCAGCCUCAGCAUCACCAGUACCCCCUCUCUCAAGCUCAACAGGUUCGGCACCAACAACAGCUUCAACAUCAGCAGCAGCAGCAGCAGCAGCAGCAGCAGCAGCUGGCCAUGAACGGAACCAACGGCGCCAACAUGGGUGGCGGAGGACCUCCCAUGCACUCUGGUCCCAUGCCGGCCGGCCAUCAAGCAGAGCUGAAUUACAUAUACGGCAUGGUGGAAGAGCUAAGCAGGCAAUUAGCCGACAACAGGCGGGUGACGGAGGACAUUGUCAGCGGACUGGGCAGAGUGCGCAACAGAGCCAAAACCCAGGGGCUGUCGAAUGAUGAUUUGAUCAAGUCAGCUGCUGCUGACCUUCAAGCCGACGAGCAAAAUCUCGAUACUCUCAUCUCGAUACUCUCCGAAUCCCUCGAAAAAGCAAACUUUGCUCGCGACGCCAACGCCGCCCUGCUAUCGCAAUACGCCAACGCGCUCGCCCUCAUGCUCAAGCAAUUCCACGAAUACAAGACCAAGCACAUCUCCGAUGUGGCGACAUGGCAUCGCUCCUACAGAGGCCAGCUAGACGAAGCGCGGCAGGAAAAUAGCCGUCUGCGCGAACAAAUCUGGGAGAUGCAGACGCACGCCCGCCGAGCAAACGAGAACCUGCGCCAGUUCCGACGGAAAUACGACGAAAACGAGAAUCGAUGGGAGCAAAGGGUGGAAAACACGGCCCUGAGACAGGAGCUGAGGUUCUGGAAGAGGAUGGCCAUGCCGGAAUUGCAAGACGACGACCCGUUCUGGAGCGAUGAUGACGACGUCAUUGACCCUGCCGAGAAGGAGAGAUUAAAGGAGCUAGAGCGGAGAGCUGCACAGGAGCAGAUUAUGGGGGGGCAGAUGGAAGAGGAUGCCGAGGGAGCUCAGGCUCACCAGAUGCCUGUGCCUCUGAGCCUGAUGGGCGGGAUUGCUAUGCAGAGAGACGAGCCGGGUGCAAGGGCCAUGCCUAUCCUGCCGCCGAGACCGUCGAGUGCGGCGUCAAGUACGGGCUCAACAGGGCAGUAG